AUGCCACAAGCUGAAAAAGAAGCAGUCAUUCCAGAUGAAAUUUUUCAAAUGUCAGCAGAUGAAAUUAAUAGAAAAGCUAAAUUAUUAGAGAAUGAAACUAAAGUUUUAAGAAGCGAACAUAUUUCAAAACAUCUUGAAAUGGAUUCAAUACAAAAAAGAAUUAAAGAAAAUAAUGAUAAAUUACAAGUUAAUACUCAAUUACCACAUUUAGUUGCAAAUGUUGUUGAAAUUAUUGAUAUGGUUUUAGAUGGUGAAACUCAACCUUCAAAAUGUGUUGUUGUUAAAGCUUCAACUAGACAGACUAUAUUUUUAGCUUAUCCAGGUAUUGUAGAUGUUGAAAAAUUAAGACCAGGCGAUCUUGUUGGUAUUAAUAAAGAUAGUUAUAUUAUUCUCGACACUUUACCACCAGAAUAUGAUUCACGUGUUAAAGCAAUGGAAAUUGAUGAAAAACCAACAGAAGAAUACAGUGAUAUUGGUGGUUUAGAUAAACAAAUUCAAGAACUUGUCGAAGCAGUUGUAUUACCAAUGACCCAUAAAGAAAGAUUUGAAUCAAUUGGUAUUAAACCACCAAAGGGUGUUUUAAUGUAUGGUCCACCAGGUACAGGUAAAACAUUAUUAGCUCGUGCAUGUGCUGCUCAAACCAAUUCAACUUAUCUUAAAUUAGCAGGACCACAACUUGUACAAAUGUUUAUUGGUGAUGGUGCCAAAUUAGUUCGUGAUGCUUUUGCAUUAGCCAAGGAAAAAGGACCAACCAUUAUUUUUAUUGAUGAAUUAGAUGCUAUUGGUACCAAGCGUUUCGAUAGUGAAAUUAGUGGUGACAGAGAAGUUCAACGUACUAUGUUAGAGUUACUCAAUCAAUUGGAUGGUUUCAGUAGUGAUGCCAACAUUAAAGUUAUUGCCGCUACCAAUCGUAUCGAUAUUCUCGAUCCUGCUCUUUUAAGAUCUGGUCGUUUAGAUAGAAAGAUUGAAUUCCCAUUACCAAAUGAAGAAGCCAGAGCACACAUCCUUCAAAUCCAUUCCCGUAAGAUGAAUGUUCAUCCAGAUGUAAACUUUGAAGAGUUAGCUCGUUCAACUGAAGAUUUUAAUGGGGCUCAAUUAAAGGCCGUUUGUGUUGAAGCUGGUAUGAUUGCUCUUCGUCGUGGUGGUACAGAAUUAGUUCAUAAUGAUUUUACUGAAGGUAUUCAAGAGGUCAAUUACAAGAAGAAGAAGAAUAAUUUAGAAUAUUAUGCUUAAAAUAAUAAUAAAAAUAUUAAUAAUAACUUUAAAAAAAAAAAAAAAAAAAAGAAAAAAUCAAGUCACAAUAAAACAAAAUAAAUAUAUUUAAAAUAU